AUGAACAGCUUGUGGGACUGGAUUAAGGGACAUUGGUACGUGCGUUUAAGUGGCUGACAUAUUUGGCGCAUGUUGUUGCGUCCGUUUGCACGUAGCUAAACAUUUGACCGGUUUCAAACGUUGAGCAACAACUCGCAAUAACAGGCAACAGGGUGUGCAAACGGACGAUGUAACAUCCUAUUAUGUUGGGAGUUGUUGGCCAACAAGGUUGCGUCAGUUUGUACGGGGCUUAAGUUGGUUUCUAAAGAAGCUGUGGUACCGGUAUCGCGUCCGAGUUGAUGAAAUUGGCCACUGUAGAAAGAUUGUGAAGUUGACGUUUCUAGCGAAAGUCUUUUGCCAGACCUGGUCAAGGGAUUGUUGGUUAUGUGAGAUUCUAAACGUUCAAGUGCUGCGAAAUUCGCGGAUAUGAAUGAUAUGUGAUUCUUCUAAACAAAAGGAGCUAAAAGGAGAAAUCGUUAAAGCGCACUGCAUUAGUUUGCCGCCUACAUCAUAUUAAUAAGUAUCGUCGUUUAUUCUAGUCAACCAAUGGUUGAGGCGCUUUCACAGCGUCUCUGCAUGAUUGCGCGUAAUAUAACAGAUCUACACACUUUGUUGAACUGGAAGUAGAUCAGCGUCCCGAGAAUCGACGACAACAAAAGGCAUUCAGUAAGCGAUGGUUUACGUAAGGGAUGUUGGGGAUAUGCUGUUGGUUGGGAGCAUGGUAACGUGAAAAUCCCAAAAAACAUAUGACUUAUAAGUGAAUCAUAUAUGUAAACUAUGGAUGAAGAGAUGAAAGUGGAUGUGGUCCUCGCAGUUGAAUGACUAACUUCUUCUUGUCUUCUAGCGGCUAUUACUAACAUUUUGUCUUGACUUAUACUCGUUCUCCUGCAGGUAUUUUCUGCUCAUUAGUACUGGCGUGAUCAUUGUUCUACUCAAGGUCACAUAUCGCUCCAGAACAAGUCUCACAGGUCUUGCAAGACGCACUGUCUUGCGAUGCGUUGUGGGAAACCAGCGGACUCUGCAUGUGAGAAACCAUGAAGUAUCCGGGGCUGAGUUUGACGAAGUCGUGGGAGAUGCGAACUUGUAG